GGGCCGCUCUCCACUCUUUUGUUUGAGGACUGGUGCGGUGGGAAAGUGCGUGAAGGCAGUAAAGCUGGGCUAGCCAUGGUGUUGUUGUGGCUGUUAAGCUAACUUUUGUCGAUGAAGUGAGUAACAUUGAAUGUUAACGUUACGCUACUGUGGAGCUUUGUUGUUGGACAUAAAGUCACUGAACGUAACCUAACUCUUCUUCCGGAUAGAAGCUUGUUUGUUCUCUUCGCUGGUAUAUCUUGCUAACAUCGAUGUUAGCAAUUAGCCUGUUCGUGUAAAUGCUAUUCAUUAGAAUGGACCUGUUGAACUCUCAGUUCCUGGACAAGAUGAACAAUAACAUCGGGAGACUGCACUACGAAGAUGAGUCCAGGACACCUUCCCUGCCCACUGCUAUGUCCAACUUAACUGGGCCUCCUCCACACUGUCCAAGCAAACGAAAGUAUGGUGAAGAACAAAUGGACGACCGAAUCAACUGUGAUGAUGACCACAUGACCAAAAUGAGCAGAUUGUUUGCCACGCAGCUGGCCCGUCCCUCUGCUGGAGACAACCGUAAUGAGCACUGGAGUCACAGUCCUGUGGAGCACAUUACUUCCUCCUCUAACGGUCUCCAUGGGACCCAACUGUAUGCCUCCAUUUCUGGCUAUGAUGUAGACCAGCCUCUGCCUCUGACCAAAAGCAGCUACGACAUUGGAGUCGGGGGCAGAGAGAGGGCUGUCAUGGGUGGGACUGUAGAGCGGCAGCAGAAUCGUCCCUCAGUUAUUACCUGUGCCCCAACAAGCAACCGCAAUUGUAACCUCUCUCACUGCCACAUGAAUGGCUGCUCUCCCAGCCCACCUGUUGAUCAGAGGAAGACCAAUGCUAACACAGUAUGCGACCCCGUGAUUGAGGAGCACUUCCGUCGCAGCCUUGGAAAAAACUACAAAGAAGCGGAGCCUGUGUCCAACUCAGUGUCCAUCACAGGUUCAGUGGAUGACCACUUUGCGAAGGCUCUGGGAGAUGCCUGGCUCCAAAUCAAGGCCAAGGGUGGGGGUCAUCAGACCCCAGAUGCAGAUCCAUGAAGCAAAGGGGAGUAAACAUUACAAUCACCUUUUUAGUGUUUGCUUCUUGCCGGGCAUCAACUUCCCUUAGCCAAGAACAAUUUAAGACAAUGGUUCUCUCCCAGGCUGUUCACUAAUGGACAUUGAGGUUGACCUUAUAUUAGAACACUCAGCUCAGAUUUGUACUCUAAAAUUGGGAACGUCUCUCAAGUGAAGCAGAGAAAAUGAUUAUUGCAUAGUUGGAUUGACAAUGUUGGUUGUGGAAAUUGUACAAUCAUAGAUUUUAUUUUGCAGCGAUAAUGAGAUUCACAAAAUGGUCGGUUAUUAACUCAUGUUCUGUUUUACCUGCCUUUCACUUGCCUUGAUUGCCAAAGAAAUUCCCAGCCUUUUCCAUUAACAUAUAA